AAAAUUUAAACGUCUUCAUGUAAGUUUCCCGUAAAAAGUAUACGCACCCUAUUUUUUAUAUUCUUCUCUCCUUCACGUUUCAAGCUACACGCAGACGCCGCCACCAUCCCUCCUCUCACCUUCUCAAUCUGAUCGGUUUUUCCAUUGAAGAAACCUGUGACUAAGACCUCUCCACUGAAGGUGACGAAUGGAAUCCACGAUCAAGCAUGCUGUGGUGGUGAAAGUUAUGGGUCGGACUGGAUCUCGAGGGCAGGUGACUCAAGUGAGAGUCAAGUUUCUGGAUGAUCAGAAUCGUUUCAUCAUGAGGAAUGUCAAGGGACCAGUGAGGGAGGGGGAUAUCCUUACCUUGCUCGAGUCUGAGAGGGAAGCCAGAAGAUUGCGUUGAUAGGAGAUGGGUCUUCUUCGCUGAUGCGUUUACUUCUCAGCUUCGGUUAGUUGCAAACAACUGUUAUUUAUGCUACUGGUGAACUGCAGUUACGUUGCAAAUCACUAUUCUUAUAUUUUUAGUUUAUGUUUAGCAUCACGAACUUGGUAUAUGGAACCUUUUAAACUUCUAUUUCUGAAAAUCCUUAGGUUUGGUUGAACAUGUAGGCCCAAUGGACAUCAUCUUGGCUAAUAAUUCAAUAAUAUUUCCACUAAA